UGUGGGCUGAGGUGGGAAAGGCGCAAGGCUCACUCACUGAGUUUAGCAAUUAUUUUAAUUCUGUUCAUUUAUAUAUUUAUGCUGCACAAAACAAGAAACUGCUGUGUGCAAAUUAAAAAAGAAAAUCUGUGUCUAAACCGGGGUAGCCUACAGCAUCCUAUGGCGGUAUCAGUGCAUUCACGUCCGUUAUCAUUUUGUUGGUAUAUCGAUUAACAUUUUAUUUUCACUUGUUAGUUAUUAUCGGUUUAACACGAUGAGGUAUUAAGAGAUGCAGGUCUGAGUGCGAGGAGGAAUUUAAAAGGAAAUGUUUUAUUGUAAAGCAUAGGCGUGGACUUAAUACGCUAGCCUCUUCCUCUGAUUUGAGGUCUAAAUAAAUUUUGUAAUUUUAUUCUACUUGUACUGUUUGCACUGCAUUUCACUGGGAGCUACAUUGAUUCUGCUCACAGAAAAACGUGAGCAUCUAAGUGUAGCCCCGGCAUAUCGCUAACCGCUAGUCUAUAUUUUAUUUUAGCAGAAUCGUGUUCAUUUUCUCUGCACCUGGCUCUUUAGAGCUAGCCCCUAUAGGAAGACACGUCAUAUCUGACGGAGAUUAGGCUACAUCCCGCUCGGGGUUGUCUCAGGACAGACACCGACUGAAAGCUUGAAAGACGGGAAAUCAGAGUUUCUGUCUUUUUUCGCCGUAUCUUUGAACGCCGAAAUGAAUUACUUGCGUCGCCGACUGUCGGACAGCAAUUUUAUGUCCAACCUGCCAAAUGGUUAUAUGGGCGACCUGCAGCGUCCCGACCCGCCACAGCCUACCCCCGCUGUGUCCCCGGGCCAAACGGAGCGCCGGCAGAUCAGCAGCCAGUCCGCAGGAGCCGGCUUUUUUUCCUCCAUUUCUAAUGCUGUCAAACAGACCACUGCCGCUGCAGCCGCAACUUUCAAUGAGGCGGCUGACAGAGCCAGCGGUCCGACGAAAGCCAAGAUCCUCCUGGUUAUCGAUGACCAACAGACAGACUGGGCCAAAUAUUUUAAAGGCAAGAAGGUGCAUGGUGAAUUUGACAUCAAAGUGGAGCAGGCAGAAUUCUCAGAAAUUAACCUGGUGGCUCAUGCAACUGGAAGCUACAGUGUGGAUAUCGAGGCAAUCCGAAAUGGGAACAAGAUUACCAAGUGCUUCAGGCCGGACUUUGUGCUGGUUCGCCAGCACGCUUUCAGCAUGGCUAAGAAUGGAGACUUCCGAAAUAUUGUGAUUGGGCUACAGUAUGCGGGGCUGCCCAGCAUUAACUCCUUACACUCAGUCUACAACUUCUGUGACAAGCCCUGGGUGUUUGCUCAGAUGUCCAGGCUAUUCAAGCAACUGGGGCCAGAGGAGUUCCCACUGAUAGAACAGAUUUACUACCCUAACCACAAGGAGAUGAUCACCACACCUGGGUUCCCUGUGGUAGUGAAGAUGGGCCACGCUCAUUCAGGGAUGGGAAAGGUGAAAGUGGACAAUCAGUAUGACUUCCAGGACAUUGCCAGUGUGGUGGCCCUGACUAAGACCUAUGCCACGUCAGAACCCUUCAUUGAUGCCAAGUAUGAUGUCCGCAUCCAGAAGAUAGGAAGCAAUUAUAAAGCCUACAUGAGGACAUCGAUUUCAGGAAACUGGAAGACCAACACUGGAUCAGCUAUGCUUGAACAAGUGGCCAUGUCCGACAGGUAUCGUAUGUGGGUGGACAGUUGCUCGGAGGUGUUCGGCGGUCUGGAUAUGUGUGCCGUUGAGGCUCUCCAUGGGAAGGAUGGCAGGGAUCACAUCAUCGAGGUGGUUGGCUGCUCCAUGCCUCUGAUUGGAGACCAGCAGGAUGAGGACCGCACUCUCAUUGCAGACUUGGUUCUGUCUAAAAUGAACCAUACUGUCCCUCGUACCCCCGUGCGCUCCCCCCAGCGACCCACAGUGGGACUGCCAGCACAGCCCGCUGCACCUCCUCAGCCCAUUCAGCCCCAGGCACCCAACCCAGGGCCUCCAGCUCAGCAGCGCCCCCCUCCACAAGGAGGUCCACAGCAACCCAUGGCUGUCCCCCCGGCCCCACGGCAGACACCCCCAGCCCAGCAGCGCUUGCCCCCCCAGGGCCAGCCCCCACCCCAGGGCCAGCCCCCACCCCAAGGGCAGGCCAACCUGCCCAGCCCCCGGUCCCAACAGCCCCCACAGCAGAGGCAGGUGAGCCCGGGGGGGGGGGCCCCGCAGCGCCCGCCUGGAGGGGGGCAGGGCCCCCCCGCGCAGACCCGGCCCCCCACGGCGCAGGUAGGGGGUCAGGGCGGGGCCCAUAGAGGCCAGGGCGGGGGCGGGCCCCCCCAGCGGCAGCAGCAGUCCCCACCCCAGCAGCAACGCCUGCCCUCCGGCAGCCCCACCCACAAGCCCGCCUCUGGCCAGACGCAGCAGAGACCCGCCCAGCAGCGACAGGGGCAGCAAGGGGGCCCGCCAGCCAAUCAGCAGCCAAGGCCCGCCUCCCAGCAGGGCCGUGCCGCGGCCCCCACCACCCAGCAGCCACGCCCCUCCGUGCAGGGCCAGGGGGGGCAGGUGGGGGCGGCGGGCGGCGGGGGCGGCAGGCCUAAACCCCAUCCCCAGCAGAGGCCGAGCCAGGAGCCCCCCGCCUCCGGGGCUACCCCGCAGCUGAACAAAUCCCAGUCUCUUACCAAUGCCUUCAACAUUCCAGACCCUACGGCAGUGCCUCGCUCCAGCAUUAGCCAGGACGAGGUGAAAGCAGAGACCAUCCGGAAUCUGCGAAAAUCCUUCGCCAGCCUCUUUUCCGACUGAGACCUCGUAUUACCUACAAGACACACAAGAAAAUAAGACCAAAACCUAUAGGACCAACAAAAUGUCCAUUAUACUUCAGUUAUGGACAUAUAUACAUAUUUUGGACACACAAAUCAAUUAUUCAACAACACAAAGUGGAAUAAAUUUAGUUUAAAUUGUUGUUGAGCUGCUUGUGUUCCUGUCUUCAUUGGUCUCCAUUCUGAAACAUACAGGACCUAGGAGAACGCCUGCACACAAGUGCACAUGCUUUUCCUCCUAUUCAGCAUGUUCAGUGGCUGAUUUAGUGAAAAAAAAAGUGGAAUAUUCUCCUCUUCCUUUUGCUCUGUGUUGUCCAACCCAUUUUAAGUUCUGUUUAAACCAAAACGAAUAGAGUCCCUUCCAAUUGAUAGCAUUAGCAAGAGGCUCAAAUUUCCAUUUUAGCAUUACUGUUUUUAAAAUAUUUUUUUAAUCCACGUUGAUACGAUUAUUAGUGGUCUUUUUCUCUUUGAUAUUGUGUUCCUGAAAUAUGUGUCUGUUUCAUACCUUGGUCUGCUGAUUGAAAACAUAUCUAGCAGUCCAAUAUAGCAUUUUAUUCUACAACGUGAGUGAAUUGGGAUCAACUCAAUGAGCUAUGGCAGAAAAUAAUCUGGACUGCUGGAUAUAUGCUCGUGCUGAAACAUGGGCUCUUUUACACCCAUAUGUGCAUUUGAGUAACAAUUUUCAAGAAAAUGAAGAUGGUACACAUGCACACACACACACACACACCUGCGCUCUUAACCUUGUUGUCAGACAUUAAUUUGUAAUUAUUUUUCAAAGUAUAUAUAUGGUUUGUGGAUAUAUGCUGGUACAUCUGCCUCCUUUAGCCCUCACCCAAAGCUGGAGCCUGGAGAUGAUGCCUUAUGUACCCAGUGUUGUCUCAGCAAACGGGCUCAGGGCCUCAUUCACUCUCACAGGAGAUACUGAGCCUCUACCGCAAGCCAUAGGGCACAUUAAUGUAGUGCAGAGCGUAGUUUCUCCUCACUUCACUACUAUGUAUAACACUGUUGGAAUGGGCAGUAAAGCCUGUUUUGAAGUUCUGCUUGAAUGUCCCCACAAUGCAGAUAUGUCUGUCUCCCACGGCAACUUGCAGUCACUUCAGAAUGUGAUGGAAACUUUUCGCACUUAGUAAAAGAACAAAGUUGUACUGCAAGUGUGUACAUUACAAAUGAUAUCUGAACUACUGUACCCUGCACUAAAGCACUGUCUUCCAUAAAAUAAUAUUCAUCUUGCUGCCAUUGUAACCCUCUUAGGGACAGGGCAAGAUGCUAUAUUAUUUGUUGACAUCCUUGAUCUGGCCACAUUCUGUUAGCCCUUAGCUCAGCCUCUCCUGCAUACCAUGCAUUGGCCUCUUUGUGCAAUAACAGUGAUUCUUUGUGAUAAUAGUGCAUAACUAUGUAAAACCUGUAAACUGUUAAAGCAAAUAUGUUUUGUGCAGCCAGUGAGUUAUGAAUGAUAUGUUGUGAAGCUUUUUUCCCCUUGAACUAUGCUUGUUGCUGCUCAUGUGUUAAUGAACUGUCAGUGUGUAUGUUUUUAUUAAUUCUGUGUAUUUUCAGUUACAGUUUGUUAAUCUAAUGUGUUUGAGCCUGGAAAUAUUGCACCCUGUAAUAAUUAUUGUCAUUAUUUGAAAAGAGAAAUCUAUUUGACUGUUCUGUGAUUCUUGGGACUCUGUGGAAAAUGUACAAAAUCCUUGGUAAGACAAGUCUGCAUGGAAUGCUGGAAAAUCACCAAUAGUUGCUUGAAGUCUCACAUGGAGAAUUAACUCAUGGUGAAAUCUCACAUGGUGAAGUCUCACAUGGUGAAGUCUCUCAUGGUGAAGUCUCUCAUGGUGAAGUCUCUCAUGGUGAAGUCUCUCAUGGUGAAGUCUCUCAUGGUGAAGUCUCUCAUGGUGAAGUCUCACAUGGUGAGAUCACACAUAGUGAAGUCUCUCAUGGUGAAGUCUCUCAUGGUGAAGUCUCUCAUGGUGAAGUCUCUCAUGGUGAAGUCUCUCAUGGUGAAGUCUCUCAUGGUGAAGUCUCACAUGGUGAGAUCACACAUAGUGAAGUCUCACAUGGUGAAGUCUCUGGUGCACAAAUGUCAGUACCCAUGUGUAACCGUCAAGCACGAACAUCUUCAUCUCAAUCACCAAAAUAAAAAUGAAUCCUUCACAGCACUGAGUACAGAUGAAAGCAGAUACAAUUCUUAAAAAAAAAAAAACAUGGUAAAUGUCAAGGAUAUAAAAUAUUGAAUUCUUCAGAAUAGAUGGCGCUGGAACAAAUUCAGUACAUAAUGUGUAAUAUUGCCCUUUCUCCAGCUGAUUAUGAAUUGCAUAAGGAAUGAAGGUAGUCUCACACAUAGUAACACAAUUAUUUUAUGACAGGUAAAUAUAUACACAAGUAUUCACUGUAGCACGUUUACAGAAUACUUCAUAUUCUUGUUGACUUAAGUUUUUAUUCAUUUCAAGUUUAAUGAUAUCAUUUUCUAAACUAUUUCUAUUUCUGUAUUGAGCAUCUAGAAUUCUGGUCUUGUGUACACUCACACUUUUUUGUAUUUAUCCAUUGUCUCAUAAACUAAUGCAAAACUGUUUGAGUCAAAAAUUUGAGAUAAAAUAGCUAACACACACAAGCCAGUUGGUGAAAAAAUGAUAAUAUAUUGAAACAUUGUAAAUCAUGUUGUAUUUAAUUACACAGAAAUGUAUCUUUCGUGUGAUGUGAUUGUCGGUGUAGUUCAGUAAUUGUGGGAAAAUAAGUGUCAAAAGUGGAAAAAUUCUAAAGUGAAAAAUAUUCAAUAAAGUCUAUUAUUAUUAAUCGAAAUUA